UGAUGUUUGGUAAACCUACGAAGCUCCCGCGGUUUCAGCAACUUUGUGGUGAAAUUGGGAGCUACCGCUUCUCUGGUCAGACGUAUGAAGCGCAAAAAAAAUAUCCGUUGGGAUUAAGGCAUGCGGUGCAGCACAUGCAGCGAAUGGUGGAGGUACCCACUACACAGCACACGAGAUUAACAGGGGGCCUCGUUAAUUGGUAUGAGAAUGGGAAGCAUUAUAUUGGACCUCAUGCAGAUGAUGAACGAGACAUGAUAGUGGGCGCUCCCAUCGUUGCGCUUUCCUUGGGAGCGUCUCGACGUUUUGUAUUCACAAAAAAGAUAUCGAAAAAUGCGCAUCAAAAUGAUAAAGCUGUGGCUCGGUUGGAGUUGCAAGUGGGGGACGGAGACUUGAUGAUCAUGGGUGGGUCAACACAGACAACCCACAAACACGCAGUACCGAAGAUGGCACGUUGCUGUGAGCCAAGAAUCAGCGUCACCUUACGCUGUUUUAAUUAGCUAGACAUUAACUUGAUAUAUCAUGUUUACAGCAGUAUUCACUAUAUCU